AUGUCUGUUAUCAUAAAUUUGCCCUUCAAGAUUCAAUAUGGACAUGGAGUUUACAGGACGUCUGCGAGUGUUUUCGGUGUCUCAGCUGAAUCAAUGCAAUGCACCUACGAUGGUAAGGGAAACUCGGUCCCCACGAUACUGCUGCUUAUGCAGGAGAGGUUGUAUGCUCAGGGGGGGCUAAAGGCUGAAGGGAUCUUCCGCAUAAACCCGGAGAAUGACCAAGAAGAGCAUGUGAGGGAUCAACUGAACAAAGGAGUUGUUCCUGAGGACAUUGAUGUUCACUGCUUGGCAAGCCUCAUUAAGGCAUGGUUCAGGGAACUUCCUGAAGGUGUGCUGGAUAGCCUCUCCCCGGAGCAGGUUCUGCAAUGCAAUUCUGAAGAGGAAUUCCUAGAGCUUGUGACGCUACUGCGCCCCACUCCAGCUGCACUCCUCAAUUGGGCUGUUGAGCUAAUGGCUGAUGUUGUGGAGGAGGAGGAGCUAAACAAGAUGAAUGCUAGAAACAUAGCCAUGGUAUUUGCCCCCAACAUGACUCAGAUGUCAGAUCCUUUGACAGCCCUGAUGCAUGCUGUGCAAGUCAUGAACUUUCUCAAAACAUUGAUCUUGAGGACGCUUCGAGAGCGUGAUGAUGUAGCUCCUGGAGAUUACACUCCAUACUCAUCUCCAGCAUCUUCCGGUCGGCAUUCUGAUGCCGAAUACUAUGGCAGUGAGCGGGAGAUGAUGGACAGAAGCUGUGAGCUGAGCGAUAUGCACAGCCAGAUCAGCAAGUCCGGGGGGCAGGUGGAUUAUUUGGUGAGGUACAACACCUGUUUCGACAGCGAACAGGAAGGCGACCAUCCCCUCACCGAAGCUGAAGAGGUAUUCUUGGAUCGGCUGGAAAGCCAACUCGAAGACGACAGACCAGAGGGAAGCACAAACAAGCAGCGCGAAGUAAGCUCCGAGAUUGUGGAAAUGGAGGACGAUCAACCUGAACUGAAAUCUGAAACCAAGGCACUGGAGGACAUACAUGAAGAAGAAGAAGAAGGUGCAGAGUUAUUGAAAUGA